CAAUUUUCAAUCAUUCCAGCACAAGCUGUAUGGUCUAGAUAGCACAUUUCUAAGAAGUACCUCUUUUGUACUUUCUACUGUAGUCACGACAGUACUACGACGUUGAUAAGUAACCACGUACAGACGAUUUUAUUACCGAACUUCCUUACAUCAAUCAGUCAAGAUGUUGUCCAAGUUUGCUCGUCCUUCGUCUGCUACCAACGGCCGUGCUCUACGUGCCUUCGGUACUGCCAAGGAUAUCAAGCAUGGUAUCUCUGCCCGCUCUGCAAUGCUCGAAGGGUGGGAAGCAUUGGCUGAUGCGGUAGCCGCCACUUUGGGUCCAAAGGGAAGAAACGUUGUGAUCGAACAGAGCUUUGGUCCGCCGAAAGUGACGAAGGAUGGGGUACAGUGCUUUUUAUGUCUUGCUAGAUUUACGUCUUUCUCUUUCAGUACAGUGAUUUUUAUGUCUUGGUAGAUUCUGAACCUUUUUUGAAAGUACUUCUUGCAACUCUAUACGAUAGUCAGGUAACUGUCGCGAAAGCUAUCGAAUUGUCGGACAAGCUGAAGAAUGCGGGAGUAAAUUAUGACAUACUAGUAGUUCGUGAAAAUCAGGUGAAGUUGGUUCGUGAAAAUCAGCUGAAGUUGGUUCGUGAAGAUCAGGUAGACGUUGGUUGAUCCUAGGGGUUCAUGAAAAACAGGUAGACCUACUUGUAGUUCGUGAAAAGCAGGUGAAGGUGAAGAGUAGACGUUGGUUGAUCCUACUUGGUUGUACCGGCAAUCAAUUCGACAUGGACCCGCGUUUCACUCCAUGCACUUUUCUGCAUCAGCACCAAGCUUCUUCCUUCUCUCUAAUCCUCACUCGCGAAAGAAGUCGCCUCGAAAACGAAUGACAUGGCGGGAGACGGCACCACAACGGCCACAGUCUUAGGUCGAGCCAUUUUCAAGGAAGGAUGCAAGGCAGUCGCAGCAGGGAUGAAUCCGAUGGACCUUAAGAGGGGCAUCGAUAUGGCCGUAAAACACGUCCUAGAGGAGCUCGCAGCGAUGUCAAAACCAAUCGAUGGAGCGGAAGAAAUACGGCAGGUACUGCAGAAUGACUAAAUGUAUGCUUUGUGAAGUAUUUUUGUCUUCGUAGGCACGCGAAUAGGGAAGACGUUUUCAUCAUACUCGGUCUUGUCCUAGGAAGUGCUUCCUACAUGAAACCAAUUACAGGUCUCUCCUUGUGUUCUCAAACGCUGCCAACAUCCUUCCUUCUCCUACUUUUAAUGCUGCAUAUUAGGUUGCCACCAUCGCGUCCAACAGUGACAAGGAGAUUGGUGAUAUGAUCGCGAGGGCCUUCGCAAAAGUAGGAAAGGACGGCACAAUUACUGUGAAGGAAGGGAAGACCUUAAAGCACGAAUUAGAAGUGGUGGACGGCUGCAAAUUUGACCGCGGUUACAUCUCUCCUUACUUUAUCACGAAUGCCAAGACCCAAAAAGUGGAGAUGGAGGAACCACUGGUUUUGGUCUACGAGAAAAAAAUUUCGAACAUCCAGAACUUGUUGCCGAUUUUGGAGAAGGUAAUUUUGAAUGGCAAGGAAGUUGCAUGAGAAUUAGUAUGAUACAAAGGGGCAUAUGGCGGACACUUAAAUAAUUAUUUUAGCAAAUAAUUAUUUUUCCAAAUCUUCACUUUUACCACUAGAUUCCGCAAAAGUGGAAAAAUAACUAGAUGCUAAAAUAAUUAUUUAACUCCGCCAUAGGGCAUGGAGAUACAAAAGUGUCUGAAGAUAUCUGAACGACAAUCUCCACUCAGAACCUUCCAUUUUUUUAUAUGAGAAAACCUUCCGCCCAUCCAACUGAGCCCUAUGAUACUCACAGGUCGUCCAGAGUCGCAAGCCUCUAGUCAUCAUCGCUGAGGACGUCGAUGGCGAAGCUUUGUCCACGUUAGUGUUGAACAAAUUGCGAGGUUCCUUCAACGUAUGCUGUGUAAAGGCGCCAGGAUUCGGAGAUAACAGAAAAGCCCAACUCCAAGACCUAGCGAUCUUGACGGGUGCCAGGCUCAUCUCCGAGGAUGCGGGAGAGAAACUUGAGGAUAUUACCUUGGAGCACCUAGGAACAUGCAAGUCAGUGGCCAUCACAAAAGAUGAUACCACGAUUUUGGAUGGUACUAGUUUCAGUUUCGUUCAGAAGUACUUAAUUUGAAAGGUGGUACUCGUAACAAUGUCCUCGUGCUAGUACUGGUUAUUCGGCGCAUCUUUAGAUCACGCACAACCGGAAAACAGGUAAAGUCACGAAGAACGAAUUAGAGCAGCGUUGCGAACAAAUUCGCGCUGCUAUCGAAGAGACGAGCAGCGAAUACGAAAAGGAUAAGCUCAAGGAGCGAUUGGCCAAGCUGACGGGUGGAGUAGUUAUGGUUGAAGGGUUUUUUACUAGUCCAAAUUCACUGUCUUGUUAGUGACGAUCCUUUUUAAGUGUUGGAGAGAUGCUUCUUUCAGGAUAACUUCACCGGGUUUGCUUCUAAUGUAGCGGUCAUCAAGGUAGGGGGUGCCAGCGAGGUAGAGGUCGGAGAAGUCAAGGACAGACUAAACGAUGCUCUGUGUGCCACGAAGUGCGCGGUCGAGGAAGGUACCUAAAUUUCAAAUUGACUUCAAGAGGGAGUGCUGGGUGACUGAAUCGCUUUUAGCAAUUUGCUAAUCAAUCUCCACCUCUUUCUCGUUCAACAACAUCCCUAUCAUCAUCACUAUCCCUAUGCGCUAGGUAUCGUCCCCGGUGGUGGUGCCGCUCUCCUGUACGCUAGUCGGGGUCUCGUGAAUUUGGAGAAGUCUGUGGAAAAUUUUGACCAGUCUCACGGUGUUGGAAUCAUUCGUCGUGCGUUGCAGCAACCCUGCAUGACGAUCGUAAAGAACGCGGGUAAAGAGGGAGCAGUAGUAGUCGAGAAGCUGCUUGGGCAAGACGAUAUGAAGAUGGGGUAUCUUUAUCUUACAUUUAGUUCCACCUGAUGUAAAUGUAUAGCAUAAAGGGAAGAUAGUUUGCGUGGGGUCAAUCUAUUUUGAUACGUCCUGGCCAUCACGUGGUCCUUGUACAGGACAAGAGGUGCUGCCUUCGUAGGAGAUGUAUAAUGCUUCACCGGUCAUGAUCGCUAUCAGAACUAAUCUCUACGGGCACUACUAACAGUGUCGUCAGGGAUCCAAACAUACAUUGCGCAAUGAAUGUUUUCACUUGUGGCCCCCUACGUGAAGAUGCUACUCGCAUGUCGAAUUCCCUAUGAAAUUUCUUGAAUUGCCCAAGUCAAAAAAACAACACUGUUAGGUACAACGCCCAGAGUGAGGAGUACGUCGAUAUGAUGAAAUCUGGUAUUAUUGAUGCUGCCAAGGUGACCAAGACGGCACUUGUUGACGCCGCCAGUGUCGCAUCGCUGCUCACAACGUCGGAAGUGAUUAUCACAGAUUUGCCCGACAAAAAGGAGGCCGACAUGGGCGGAAUGGGAGGCAUGGGCGGAAUGGGCGGCAUGGGAAUGGGUAUGUAAGUACCGAGUAGUUUGGGUGCUGCUCUUGUGGUGACUGGACGAAAGCAAUGUGAGUGGUGCUGAAAAUGAAGAGCGAAUAGUGGCUUCGUUUGCCAUGUCACGGACGUAAGGAGACAUGUGAGACCGUCUCCGUCACACUUCGACAUGCAGUUGUUUCAUGGGAGUGAUCUUGCGCUAGGCAAAUUCUCAUAAUCAUGUUCUUGAUAACAAACUAGAAUAGGAUCAUGUGGUCCAGGUACACAUCGUCAUUGACAUCAUUCUUAAUCGAUACCACGAGAAUGGGUACAUAAAUCAAUCAAUCAAGCUGGAAAAUUGUAGAUUCUCCAUAGCACUGACUCGUCAAUCACAGAACACUCUAAAAAAACGUCACCCAGAACUGCAGCCUGUCUGAAAAUUUAAAAUACGCGCUAUUUUGUAGGGCGGGGACUAUGAGAAGGUAGCAAAGUAGUAGAUAGAUACGACAUAAGAGAAACAGACUGUUGACUACCCAAGUCCUCUCCAAUGAUUACUUGUAGCUGUGAUUGAUACUCCUUCUCGGAAAAUGUAAAUGAUUACUUUUUCAAAAAGUAACCUAAUCCAUUGGAUUCAAAAACGCAAAUGUAUACGGGUGUGUAAAAAAAGCAUGUUACUCCGUUUUGACAGGUCGAUGACGCGCAUAGACUAUUCAUCACUGUCUAAAUAAUUUUCCAGUACUUGAUAGAAACCUUUGUUCUUCCUUUCCAGUAAAUUUUCCCGAAAAACAAGAUGAGACCCAGGGCAUGUUCCCAGCAUCCCCCUCGUACUUUCUCAAAGACUAACGCUUGACCUAGGAUAGACCCUUCCCCAGCUGAACUCGCAUCAUGUUCAGCCAAAGACCACCCUAAGUAAACAUUGGAAUAUCGAUUUUUUGACUUAUGUGAUGUCAUGGACGACGCAGGAAGCCGUGGUCGGAGGGCGCUACAUGGAAAUAUAGGUUGCUUGAUAUCGCGAGGCUGCUUCCAGGAAGCGAUCAAGCGUACUGAGAAUCAGAAAACGCCUGAUAAUUGAGCACUAGCUACGUUUCCGUGACCAAUACCUGAAGACCGAAAGGUUGGUUCUUGCGAUCUGUAGCCGUAUAUCUGUGACAGAGGGCCUACAAAUAGAUUUGAAGCAGAUCCUUCUGGUUUUCCUUGGCCCUCAAUCCCCGACCCCGUUCACUACAACCCGCGUUUGCGAACACAGUUGUGUACUUCUAAAGGUGUAUUAUUUUCAUCCAGGAAAUUAU